UUCUUUCCACUGUUGUAUUUAAAUGUAGCUACAUUCUCUUUCAUCUCGAGGGGUGGUUUCAGAGUUUCCUUGCCAGAUCUACAGUCCAUCUGCACAUCAUCUAUGGUCUUGUGGCAUGACGUGCGAUUCUGCAGCCUUAUUCUGUGCCAAUAAUUGCUGCCUAACACGUGGUCAGGCGAGAUGUGUGAACCAGGAGCCUAUUUCUGCAGCCUCAGUUCCGAUUUGUAUUCCACAGAAUGGGUUGAGACUUCUCAAAUGUCUGAGACCCACAGAGUAGGACUAGAAGGCUAUUAAAUACACAAACAUUGCAAAAGUGUAAUAUAAAUAAUAUUAAAAAAACCAAAAGAUAGUGUUUAUAGUCAAAUCUUCAAACAGUUCCUUAGAAACAUUAGCAAUAUGGGGAAAUUUAUUUUCCGUGUAUUAAUUAGGAAAAUACAGAUACCCUUUAGACAAGAUUGAUUGUGAAGAAAAAUGCAGGGUUUUUUUUACUGUGUCUGUUUCUUUUGUUUUUUAAAGAAACAUAGCAUAAAAUUUCAUUUUAUCUUGGGGUGCUUGUCCAAAAAUUGCUGAAAGCUCAAGAGGAAUUAAAAGCAGGCUUUGUUUCGCAGCUAAAUUAAGGUCUCACGUUACUUCAGACUUUCCAGCUUGUUUGUGUUUACUGUGCCUUGGCAGAGGUGCCCAAGCCAGUUCUGCAGUCAAAUCUGGAAUUGCCUGCAGUCGGGGUGGAAAGACAAUUUGAAUAUCUUUUUGCUACUUUGAGGAUUUUCAUUUAGUCUCUUUCUCUAGUCAAAAGUAACACCACACGCCAAGAAGUGACAGCUUGUGUCUGUGCAAGUGGACGGUGUUACUGUGCCACCUCUCUGCCGGAGUGUCUGGAGAGAGGCGUGCUCUGAACUACGUCUCCCAGCAGCCCGCGCUGGCCGACUGAAGGAAGUGGUCAUGGUGGGUCUUCCUGAACUUUGGGCAGAGAUUUUAAGCCUGAGAAGCGAAGGUCUUCUGACGGUGCUGUCUCACGCAGUUUCACACGACCCGUGUCUCGCCACAAGAAAGGUCCGCUGGGAUGGCAGUGCAGGUGUUGGUCCUGCCUUCCCCCAGGUGUCUGUUCGAUGACCCUAUGCAGAUCCGUGUGGUGGGUCUCCGGCCGCAGCAGGCGGUCACCCUUCGAGCCAGCCUGGUGGACGAGAGCGGGGAGCUUUUCCAAGCCCACGCUCUCUACAGAGCUGAGAGCAGCGGAGAGCUCGACCUCAGCUGCUCCCCAGCUCUGGGGGGCAGCUAUGUGGGAGUGGAGCCGAUGGGACUGCUGUGGUCUCUGCAGUCUAAAACGCCCUAUAAGCGGCUAGCAAAGAGGAAUGUCCUGACCCCUUUCUGUGUGGACUUGGAAGUGUAUGAAGGCCAUGGGGACAUAAGCCGCUUGCUGGGAAAAUGCACCAACGAACGAUGGUUUUUAGGAGAGGGGGUGAAGAGGAUUUCAGUCAGAGAAGGUCGUCUGAAAGCAACCCUCUUCCUCCCUCCUGGACCUGGUCCGUUCCCUGGACUUAUUGAUUUGUAUGGAUCUGGAGGAGGUCUUGUUGAAUACAGAGCAAGUCUCCUGGCUAGCAGAGGCUUUGUGACUCUGGCUCUUGCUUACAUGGCCUUUGAAGAUAUCCCUACUACUCCAGAGGUUCUUGAACUGGACUAUUUUGAGGAAGCUGUGAACUUUUUGCGGAAACAGCAGCAGGUGAAAGAUACCGGGAUUGGUGUUUUGGGCUUGUCUAAAGGAGCUGAUCUAGCCCUUUCCAUGGCCACAUUUCUACCUGGCAUCAAGGCAGCUGUCAGCAUAUCUGGAAGUGGUUUUAAUUCCUUCAUUCCCCUGAAGGGGAAUGGCUUCACUAUUCCUCCCCACCCAUAUAAUCUGGAGAGGAUGAAGAUCAGUGAUGAGUCUGGCCUAGUAGAUUUUUCAGAUGUCUUAGAUGAUCACAGGGACCCAACAACUUGGGUUUGUCGCAUUCCAGUGGAGAGGUCCUUAGCCAAGUUCCUGUUCUUGUCUGGACUGGAUGACACAAACUGGAAAAGUGAUCUCUAUUGCCAGAAUGCUGUUCAGCGCCUUCAGCAGUGUGGACGGGAAGUGGAGUUUUACUCCUAUUCUGGAGCAGGGCACCUCUUGGAGCCACCAUACUUGCCUCUGUGCCAGGCUUCUAUCCACAGAGUGCUUGGGAUGUUUGUGUGUUGGGGAGGGCAGUGGAGAGAGCAUGCUAAAGCCCAAGAAGAUGCCUGGCGCAGGAUACAGGCCUUUUUCCGGCAGCAUUUGAUGGACUCAGACAUCCCUAAGAGCAAGCUAUAGUGGAAGUUGUCAAAGAUGCUGACCAGGGUUGGUAUUUCAGUACUCACUAAAUCUUGGAAACUCAUCAAAAGUGUCCUGGACUGCCUUCCUCUAAACCCCACUGUUGCAUCAUUGUUUAUUUUCAUUCUCCUAAUAGUUUUCCACUUAGUUGAAUUUCCAUUUGGUUGAAUUUCGGUUGACUUCUGACCACAGCUUCACUGUAUAUUGACACCAUCUGGUCUGCCUGUGUGCUGUAGUCUGACCUGGCAUCCCAUCAUGUAGAUUGCAUUUGUAAUGAGCUAUUUUUGCCCUCAAUCUGCAACCAUCUCUUUUCAUAAGAGGAAAUACUCUCACAGGAGUUUUCCACUGAAUUAUUUAGGAAUAUUAUUUCUAUAGGAAACUACCAUUAAAAAUAAAAAUGCUUUCUACCAGCAAAUCAACAAUGAGGUCACAGAUGCUUUCAUACAGUUGUCACGCUCAGCCAUCAGGUUCAAGGAAAAUGGUGUUGAAACUAGAGGAUGAAGGGAGCUGACUGGUGACUCCAUUGACAGUGAUAGCACAUGGGACCUCUUUGGUUUUUUGUUCUGGAAUGAAAGCUUUGCUACCCAGUUAAAAGCCCUUUAUUUGUCAUUUGCAUGGAAGCUGGCAAGAAAGACUGAAAAAGCUGGUUUAGCUGAGCAGCUCUGUGCACAUAAUGGAAAAUAUUCCAGCCAAUUCACUUUCACUGGGAAUACUUUUAAAAUGAAACUCAAAUUUGAAACUUAUCUUCAGGAAAAAGGAACUGGACGCAGACUAAUAUAAAAUAAUUGGAAAUGGCUUAAUUUCAAUAAAAUGCUUCUCUCUGUUCUUGA